GUUAUAGUUUGAAAUUCGAGCUACUAUCCAGUUUGUGCUACUAUCAACCGCCGCAGAAUGGGAACUGAUACGGCGAUACCGAUCGAGUCGGGCAAACCGGUGCCUUCUGCCGCAACGACACUAUCGUUCGAAGACAUUUCAUACCAAGUGCGUCCCAAGGACGGGAGCACCAAGCACCUGCUAAAUGGGAUAUCGGGAACAUUCCGCUCCGGUCGGUUGGCGGGCAUUCUUGGACCUUCCGGUGCAGGAAAGUCCUCCCUGCUUAAUAUACUAAGUGGUUUCAAAACAAAUAAUGUCACCGGGAGCAUAAUGAUCGAUGGAACGCCAAUCGAGCGCCGAAAGUACCGUCGAGAAGUUUCGUACACACCGCAAGAGGUGUCUCUUUUGGGCAACAUCACCGUGACGGAGAGUCUCGAGUUUGCUGCUGACCUGAAGCUACCUACCGACGUGCUAAAGUCCCGGAAGCCCAUUUUGGUGGCGGAUGUGGUGAAGUUGCUCGGUCUCUCAAAGUGUGCCCACAAUCCGGUGUCCACCAUAUCGGGGGGCGAAAAGAAGCGGCUCUCGAUAGGGCUCGAGUUGAUUUCAAACCCGAGGGUGAUGUUUUUUGAUGAACCCACCAGUGGGCUGGACAUUAUAGCCGCGAUGCAGGUUGUAGCGCACCUGAAGGAUCUCGCCACCAGUGGACGGUGUGUGGUGUGCGUAAUUCAUCAGCCCAGUUCGAGCAUUUUGCAAAUGUUCGACGAUCUGCUGGUGCUCUCCGAGGGUCACAGCAUCUACCAGGGGCCACUCGAUGGAUUGGUGGAUGGUUUUAAGGCGUGCGGGUUUGAGUGUCCCAACUACUACAACCGUGCCGACUUUGCGCUGGAAAUAGCGAGCCUCAAGCACGAAGGCAACCUACUGCAACUGAGGGAACGGGCUAAAGGCCAGAUACAACCAGCGGAACCGGUCGUUACGGCGGUCCCCAACGAUGCGUCCCAUUGUGACGAAAAGGAGUCAAUGUUAGUAGAAGUCGUGGAUCGACAUUCUAAGGAGCUUGGGGCACCGGAACCGGGAGAAUCGCCUCACAGUCGACAGUAUCAGACGUCCGAGUGGAAGCAGUUUGUAACUUUAACACGCCGAACGAUGCUGUGCACGUUGCGCGAUCUUCAGCUCACCAGGAUGCGUUUGUUGGCGCAUCUGUUGGUGGGUAUCCUGAUCGCUGUCGUGUUCUACGACGUAGGUAACGAUGGUUCCAAGGUGCUGAGCAACGCAUCGUGCCUGUUUUUCUUCCUCAUUUUCGUCUUCUUUGCCAACUCAAUGCCACUCGUCAUGACAUUUCCACUAGAAACGGCUGUUUUCGUGCGCGAAAGAAUGAACAACUGGUACUCACUUAAGGCUUACUAUUUCUCCAAACUGGUGGCAGACUUUCCGUUCCUGAUGCUGGGCCCAUCGAUGUUUUUUGCCAGUGCAUACUACCUCACUGCUCAACCGUUGGAGAUGGAUCGCGUUCUGAUGCUGUGGAGCAUAUGCAUCUUCACCAGUUGGAUCGCCCAGCUGACGGGACUGUUGGCUGGCAGUGCCCUGCCGCUGGAGCUGAGUGUCUUCUGUGUACCGUGCUCCGUCAUUCCGAUGCUCAUCUUUUGUGGGUUUUUCGUACGCUUCCGAGAGAUGUUCGAUUUCCUCAAGCCGUUCACAUACGUCGCCUAUUUCCGGUACAGCUUCGAAGGUUCGAUGCAGGCGAUCUAUGGGUUCGAGCGCGAAAAUCUGCCCUGCUCGGGAGAAUUUUGCUAUUUUAGUAAAGUGACCAAAUUCCUCGAGAGUUUCGACAUGCUCGAGAACACGUUCGUGAUGGAUGUCUGUGGCCUGCUCUGCUGGAUCGUGUUGCUCCACGUGGCCCUGUAUGUGAGCCUGGCGUGGAGGCUGAAGCGAACCGUCAUGAGUUCCGACGAUACGGUGCAAGUGGUGAUCCCGCUUGUGAAGAGCAUAACCAACCUGACCUUCCGGAACAUCUCCUGCAUCGUUACACAACCUCCAGCACGAGGGGCAGCAGACGGAAAGAAACAGGUUCUUCGAAACAUUUCCGGAACCCUUAAGUCGGGAAGAUUGACCGCGAUAAUAGGCCCACCUGGGGCGGGUAAAUCGACCCUUCUGGGCAUACUCAGUGGUCAUAGAACACAGGCGGUGAGUGGUAAAAUACUCAUCAACAAUGAGAUAGUCGAUUGCCAUAAGUACCGCCAGCUGGUGGCCUGCGUCGCACCGGAUGUUCCGCUGCUAGCGAAUCUCACGGUGCGUGAGACCCUGCACUAUGCGGCCGAUUUGAAGUUAUCGAAGAAUGUGUCCUACAUCCACAAAACGAAAAUCGUGAAUGAUAUCGUGGCGUUGCUGGGGUUGGACAGUUGCUCGCACAGUCUGAAACGAGUCCUGUCCAGGGGCGAGAGGAAACGGCUUUCCAUUGGACUGGAGCUCGUGUCGAAUCCGAAGAUCAUGUUCUUCAAUGCACCGACCCACGGACUGGACGGUAGGGUGGGGUUUCAGGUGACCGCCUGCAUGAAGGAUCUCGCACGGCAAGGUCGGUGCGUGGCCAGCGUUAUCCACCAACCGAGCUCGGAGGUGCUCGAGCUUUUUGACGAUGUGUACGUUAUGGUCGACGGACGGUGCAUGUACCAGGGAUCCCUAAACGAUCUGAUACCUACGCUCGAAGAAGUGGGCUUCAGCUGUCCGCCAUACUUUAAUCGGGCCGAUUUCGUGCUCAAGAUUGCUUCCCAACGUGAUGCAGAUACGGAUAGUGUGGAGAAAUUGAUUGCCCGGGCGGAUACGGCCAUCAAUGGAUACUUGGAGCACGAUACACGGAACGGCGAGGAAGGAUCCAGUGUUUUAGCGGUGAGCAGGAGAACUGCUUGUAUCAAGUAUCCCAUCUCCUGGUGGCGGCAGUUUGCGGUGUUGACGCGCCGCACUAUGCUGGGCACGGUGCGUGAUGCCACACUCACUAGCUUUCGCUUCCUAAGCCAUCUACUGGCGGGGCUGGCGAUCGGGAGCAUCUACUACGACGUGGCUGACCAUGGUGCUAGCGCGCUCGCGAACGUGUCCUGCCUCAUGCUGCUUCUCGCGUUUAUCGUGUUUACGAACGCAAUGACGUUGGUUCGGACAUUCCCACUAGAGCUGGCCGUAUUCAGGCGCGAGCACCAGAGCUGCUACUACUCGGUGUCGGCGUACUACUGCGCAAAGAUCAUCGCCGACUUUCCACCAAUGCUCGUGGGGGUCACGUGUUUGCAGCUGAUCGUGUACUAUCUCACGGGUCAACCGAACGAAACGGAUCGCGUAGCAAUGUUCUGGGGUAUCUGCGCACUGUUCGCGUGGCUUUCGCAAGCGUACGGUAUGCUCGCAGGAAGUAUGCUAGCCGUCGGUGACAGCGGUUCGUACCUGGUGCCCGUGUCCAUCGUCCCAGCUGCACUGUUUUCGGGGUACUUCGUGCGUUACGGCGAACUGUUGACCGUCUAUAGGCCACUGAUGUACGCGAGCUACUUCCGGUACGGCUUCGAAGGCCUUGUGCAGGCGUCUUACGGUAUGAACCGCACUGAGCUCAGGUGCAGCGAAACGGCCACUUGCAUCCACCGUCAACCUGGUGGGGUGAUAGAAAUGCUACAGUUCGAAAACGACCGCUACUGGUAUGAUGUGACCGGACUGGCUGUCUGGAUAGUUGCUGUACAUGUUUUACUCUACGCACGGCUUCGAGUGUGCCUACGGCGGAACCGGUAGACGCGACCUUACUCCAACGCAAUAAACUAACGUCCCAUUAGCAGCUUGGCUGAGGGUGGUCAAAAUUCUCAGUUUUAUUACGAAAACAAAAUAAAGAACAAAAUGUACUUUU